UAAAUAUUUAAUACAUUUUCAUAUUCAUUUUUAUUAUGAUCUAAUGACGAUCUAAUUGUUUGUUCAUAUGUUAUUCUACGUAUGAUCUGUUGUUCUCGAUGAUUAUGAUUGGUGUAUAAUCAAGACAAUAUCACAAUUAAAUCCCCGAUACUUUCGCAAUGUUGUACAUGAGCACUUCAAUAAACAUUACAAAUCCUAUCUAUUUACGUAUUUCCUUGAGUAUAAGAAUACGAACUAAUUGAUGGAAAUAAAAUAUGUACUUAGACAUAGUUUACCAUAUUAUGUGAGUACCUUUACAAUUUGUCUUGUCGAGAGUAACUAUGAUGAAAUGUCUGAAUUGUGACGUUAAAGGCGUAAAAUUCAAUCUUCCUGGUUGGUUGAUAUAGAUACAAGGCCAAAUAUUUAAACUUUUAUUGCAUAGCACAACAAUUACUUAUCUGUUGAGCUUGAUCAUGAAUAGAUAAGAAAUUUUGAUGCUACUUACUAAAAUAUUAUUCAGUACAUACCAACUAAAAGUCCCUUGAUCAAGUGAUGUGUAUUUAUGGAAAUGGGUAAUUGUAUUCCAUCUGGUAUCGAUCUGAACGACAUGGUUCACGCACCCCAAUCGGAUAAACUAAGAGAUAGUUCUGGAAUUUCGCAAUGCAACACAUGUGAGACAAUGGAUUAUGGAAGUAGUCCCAAUGAUUUCGGCCUAAACGAAAUGGAUUCUGAUAUAAAACUUCCCCUACUCACACGAAUAUUCUCACGCCAGACACACCACAAUAACUCAAGUAAUGGUGAUUUUCACCCUGAUUCAUUUGGAAGUAACGGGCUAUUUUCACAAAACACUGGUAAAAUAAACGUAUCUUCAGUUUUAGUUAAACAGGACAUGAAGUGGAAUUCGCAGCUUGCGCGACCAGUGUUGGAACUAUUUACGACUCCAUCCAUGAGCAGAGAACUAGAUACCCCAAGCGAAACUCAAAAACUAUUACCUUAUACUGCCGAAAAUAUUACAAAUGUGGAAGUAAAACGAAAUUCUGAUAAAGCAAGAGGUAUUACAAACGAGGACAGUGGGAUGGAAAGCUGUUCAAUAGACAGUCAUUUAAAAAGUUUAUACUUAUAUUGUGACGUCAAAAAGAACGACUCAAAAAAGUCAUCACCUGGAUUGGAAUUAAAAAGUAUAACCAGUGAAAACGUUUAUGGAAAGACAAUCCCACUAAUAAACUUGGUUUAUCCAAGAAAAGAGAAAAUUACUGAAAGUGCACAAAUUACUGAAAUAAAUUCUAGCCCUUCCAUUAUGUCUAAAUGUUCUCUGAACAAAAAUCAAAUGGAACCUGUACUACCCUUUUAUGAAGAAUGGUUAUACGACAAAAAUAAACAGAACUUGAGCGGCGAUUCAACAUAUAGCAUUUCAAAUUAUCGAAAGCUUUCGGGCGAACAAAGGCGAGUCCAACCACUUGUAGCCGUAGCCAAAAUGACGUACUCUCAAAAAUACCCUCAUGAAUUAAAUGUUUCAGAAGGAGAAAGGUUACUGAUACUUAAUCGCGUGUCGGCUCCACGUAAUAUAAUUGAAGGUAGAUCAAGCUCAUUAACAAAGGAUGAAGAUUUCUGGCUAGUUGAAAGAAUUGAGCUAAAGCAUAUGUCUAACCACUGUUCACGGAAAGGAUUGGUGCCAGGAGAAUAUUUGCAAAUUAUUGGUGAUUCUUUAACCACCCACAUUUCCUGGUUUGAUAUUGACAGAAAUGAAGCAGAAAGAUUACUGCUUCUAAUGGGUAACCCGUCGGGAACAUAUAUUAUACGUCCAUCUUCAGAUUCAGAUGAGACAUUCGCUCUAUCAGUACGGUAUUUGGACCAGUCGACACUGAUUUGGUCAGUGAAGCAUUACCGAAUAAGAUUUAGAUUGAAAGAAGAAAAAUAUCAUAUAUUCCGCCGCAUUUCAUUCCCGACUAUUGAUCAACUGGUGGCACACUAUACAGUAAAUGCCGAUGGAAUCGCCUGCUGCUUAACUACACCGUAUCCGAAAAAUUACGAGCCACCAACAAAAUUAUCUUUGCUAGAAGUAAAUCGAAAUAACUUUGGAUUCAUUAAAAAACUUGGACAAGGAAGUUUUGGUGAAGUAUGGUAUGGAACGUGGAAUAAUCAAAUGCCCGUAGCGAUAAAAAAAUUACUUGGGAAUGGUAACAUGAAUCAUGCAAGAUUUCUGAAUGAAGCUGAACUUAUGCACCGGCUGAAUCAUCCGAAUGUAGUCAGAAUUUUGGCUGUAUGCACACUUCCUACUAAUGAACCAACUUACAUUAUAAGUGAACUAAUGGAAAAUGGAUCUUUGAAACAGUAUAUGCAGAAGCUUAAUCCUGUAGAUAUCAGAAUGAAGAAUCUACUUGAAAUGAUGAAAGAUGUUGUCGGAGGAAUGGUGCAUUUGGAGGAACAGCAUUAUGUUCAUCGGGAUCUAAGAGCCAGUAACAUUUUAGUUGACAGUAAAAAUAGACUUAAGGUGGCAGAUUUCGGUUUGGCUCAUUUGCUUAGUGAUUCAGACGAAUACAUUGGAACGCUGGAAACCAAAUAUCCCGUACGAUGGACGGCCCCAGAAGGGAUUUUAAAGCAAGCUUAUUCAACAAAAUCAGAUGUGUGGUCAUUUGGGAUACUGGUUCAUGAAAUAUUAACCUUCUGUGAAUUACCCUACAAAGUUGUGUUCGUGGUGAACAUCUACAUUCGGUGUAUUGUAGGUAAAUCCUACUUUACAAUAUGACAAUCAUAAGCAGAUGCUCAGUUUAUCCAGGACGUUUGCUUUAGGAAUGCUAAAGAUUUAUUCGCUUUAGAACCUUAAGUAAAGAAUUCACUGUCAAUGAAGUCAAAGUACGCGUGUGUUCAGGUUACAGAUUACCUCGUCCCAUAUUGAAAAUAUCCUUCACAGAAACUCUUCUACCUGUAGAUGAUGAGUACGAGGUUCCCAAACGAAAAAGUGUGGAAACUUUUAUGUGUCCUAUUAAUAUUUACAACAAAUUGCUUGAAUGUUGGAAUAUUUCACCAGAUAAAAGGCCAUCAUUUAAUUCACUAUAUUCUUUUAUCGAGGAAUUAUUAGAAAAAGAAAUCAAGAAGGAUAUCAGUACAAAAUAAAAACAGACCGCAUUUCAAAACGUCCUGUUUAAAUGCUCAAAUAUAUCUUACACAUGUUUUGUACUUAUUUUAUAAGCCUGAAAAGAAACCGAAUCACUAAUUUUUGUAAUUACUUCAUUCCUUUCAAUAUAAAGGUCUUAAGGCGUCGCUAUUUCGUAU